GACCCCAGCGGGCGGCCCUGCGGAUACCACUAUGGCUGCUACAGUGAACUUGGAGCUUGAUCCCAUUUUUCUGAAAGCCCUGGGCUUCUUGCAUUCAAAGAGUAAGGACUCUGCAGAAAAGCUGAAAGCGCUUCUUGAUGAGUCUUUGGCCAGAGGAACUGAGUCAAGCUAUCGUCCAUCUCAGAAGGAAGCAGAGCAACCAAAAGUGUCUGUUACCAAACCUAUUAAGCAAGAGCCUAAAGCUUCUUCUAGUUUGCCCUCCGGCAACAACAAUGGCAAGCCCACUGCAUCAGAAAAGGUGAAAAAAGAAACAGAAAAGAGAUCUGAUAAAACAAAAGGGGAUACUGCUGAAGGAGCUGAUGCACCAAAGAAGCCCAAAGUAGAGAAGCAAGAGGCUCGUUCCUCUCCUAUUACAGUUCAGACGAGCAAGGAUUUAUCCAUGCCUGAUUUAUCUAGCUUUGAGGAAACCAGUGCUGAUGACUUUGCUAUGGAAAUGGGAUUAGCCUGUGUUGUGUGCAGGCAAAUGACAGUUACUUUUGUGAAUCAGCUAGUGGAGUGUCAGGAGUGCCAUAAUCUCUACCACCAGGAUUGCCAUAAACCUCAGGUGACAGACAAGGAAGUGAAUGAUCCUCGACUUGUAUGGUAUUGUGCCCGCUGUACCAGGCAGAUGAAGAGAAUGGCUCAGAAGACACAAAAGCCACCUCAAAAACCAGCUCCUGCAGUGGUUUCAGUUGCACCAGCUUUGAAGGAUCCAUUGGUCAAGAAGCCAGAAAUUAAGUUAAAACCUGAGACCCCACCAGCUUUUCUAGCAUUCAAGAGAACAGAAGUCAAGACCUCAGCAGCAGUUUCGGGGAACUCUGCCAGUACAAGUGUUUCCUCUUCAGCAACGAGUGGCCUUACAGGAUGGGCUGCUUUUGCAGCCAAAACCUCCUCUGCCAAUCCUUCAACUGCCAAACUGGGAUCAACAGCACAGAGUGCCAGUGGGAAACCGGCAGCUUCUUCAAAUAACCAGAAACCUGUGGGUUUGUCAGGGUUGGCGACUUCAAAACCAGGACUAGGGUCGAAAAUAGCUUCUGCCAACAACAGCACAAACCCUGUUCAGCUGAAACCUCCUCCACCUCUGACACUGGGGAAAACCACCCUGAGCCGCUCGGUGAGCAGCGACAACGUCAGCAAAGUGGGUCUCCCGAGUCCCAGCAGUGGCCCGAGCACCAGCAGCCAGGGGAGCAGCGGGAAUGGCAACAGCGGGAAUUCGGGGAACAGCGGGGGCAGCACGAGUAAAACCGCUGCAGAUACUGGUAAUCAGUCAGCCUCCCUGAAGGGCCCAACUUCUCAGGAAUCUCAGCUCAAUGCUAUGAAAAGGUUACAGAUGGUCAAGAAAAAGGCUGCUCAGAAGAAACUCAAGAAGUAGUACGUCUGCUUGCUGAUUUUGUUGGUUAUGUUCUAGGAAACAUUCUUGUGUUCAUUGGCGUUUUUCUUAAAGAAAAUCCCCCAGUUACUGGACUGAAAUGGAAGUUAAAUCAGGGAAGCCCAAAACCCAUGUUAUACAGGAGGUCAAACUUCGAUAAUUCUAGCAUUCCUUCUGCCUUUGCACAUCUGUGAAUUGAGUAUGUUGGAGGAAUUCACUAUUAUAUGCUCCUGUUUCCGUAGCUCAAAGCACUGAAACUUGAAAUUGUAAAAGUUGGGUAUUUUUAAAUCUUAAAAUACCCACGUUUAUGGGGACACUUAAUAAAAUGAACUUUCUGAAACCAUCAUUCUUAAAUGUUAAUAAUAAAAGGAUUAUUAAUCUGGGAAUUCAUUGCCACUUUUUUUUCACCCCAUAUUCCAACACUUUAAAUGCUUGAGGUGUUCAGAAUUCUCUAUAUUGUGCAGAGCUAAUUAUCUCAAAUUAUCAGGUUCAUCAUGGAAAAAAUGUAUUUUCUUUUAAACAUGUUCAAAAAUUAACUGCUAGAAAAUAGUAUAUUUAAAUGGAGAAUUUUGGUUUGGCAGUUUGGUUAAUUGACCUAUUUUGGUUUUAUACAGUGAGAAACUUCAUACAAAAAGAGUGUUUUCAAGGCAGUGUUUUCAAGCUUUCUUAAACUGUAAAGGGCCUUAAUAUUGUCCUGUUGAAUAGGAAUGGAAAAUAAGUGGAAGCUAGUGUAUAUUUUAAUUCAACAGAAUUGUUCUAUGAUGUUGAGAGAGGGGAAAAAAAUAGAAGAAAAUGAAGGGAAUUGUCUUGAGUGUUAGUAAGUUUGUUUCCUUUCUGGCACACCUGAAACACAGAUGACUUUUUGAUUACCGAAGUAUUGCUGUAAAAUUCAUGAGCCUGGCAUGUGCCAAAGAAGAAUUGUCUACCAAGUGGUCUGGAAAAUGAAGCCUCUGGUCUCUCCAUUGUUCUGCCACAGCCUGUAUGGUUGUUAUCUACACUUACUGUGUUCUCAGACAUGAAAGGCAACAGAGGGAUGAGCUUUGUCUCUCUUCAGAGCAUAAGUCCCCUCUACUUCCCUGCCCCAGCAUGAUCUUGCACUUAGCCCAGCUGCUGCUAUGAAGGAGAUUUGAGAGCUCUUGGGAGCUCAAGUGUGGCUCUUGGUAGCUUCCUAUGGAGGCAUUCAUGGCUUUUUCUUGACUAGAUCUAGAUUUUACACCCACAAACAUCCCUCCAGUUUUUUCCACAUACCCUGCCAGUUUCUGUUACACUUCUUCAAAUCUGUCCCAGCCCUGUGUGGGUUAAUGCUUUAGCAUCCCAACUAAAACAGGUAGUUGGGAAGUAUCAGGUCUUCCAUCUCUCCAUUCCUACCCCUGAGCUCUUCUUCACAGUUUUUGGUCCCUGUCAUUGUCCCAGCUGGUCCAGGUUGUGUUCAGCUCUGCUCUCUCUCAAAUCUCCUUACAAUUUUGUACAUGAGAUCUAACCCACAUUUGUGUUUGCAGCUGUCCUCCUCAAGCAUCUGUGAAGUGCAGAAUCAAUUGAUAGAGGAGGUUCACAAGCUGAAUUUUGUAAAAGAAAACAGCAGUGCAACGUUUAUUGAGAGAAAAUUGAGCUUGGAAAGAAAGAAACCUGUCCCUUCUCCUGUGAGUACCAUACAUCUGAAUUGUGUAUGAAGCGUCCUCUUUUGAUCACUUUUGAAACAAAUCCCUUUUUUUGCACUGGAAAAUGAUCUUGAAGUCUUGCUCUUUGUGACCAGAAUUUGGCAAUUUCUCUCUAUUCCUUCUGUGAUGAGGGGAGCGUCUCUAAACGUGAAAACAUCUCUGACCAUUGGAUUUGCAUAGCCAGGUUUUGGCAGUGAGUGGGCUAUAGGGGUGGGUUCUAGGAGAAGCUGCCCAAAGCUUCCCCUGUAAUCUGACAGAGCCAAUGCCAGCUGACUCCAGGAUGGACCUGCCACUAGCCAAGGCCGAGCUCAUCAGCCUUGGGGAUAAUAUAUUAAGGGGAAAAAACCUGUGCAACAGCAAUUGUAGCCAGAGAGAGAAUAUGUGAGAGCAACAACUCUACAGCCAUCCAGGUCAGUGGAGAAGGAGGCAGAGGAUGUGCUCUGGGAGUUGAGGUUCCCCUGCAGCCUGUGGUGCAGACCAUGGUGAGGCAGGCUGACCCCUGCAGCCCAUCAAGGUCCAUGAGGGAGCAGAGGUCCACCUGUAGCCCAUGGAGUACACCAUGCUAGAGCAGGUGGAUGCCCAGAAGAAAGCUGUGGCCCCGUGGUAAUCCUGUGCUGGAGCAGACUCCUGGCAGGACUUGUGGCCCCAUGGAAAGAGAAGCCCACACUGGAGCAAGUUUGCUGGCAAGACUGGUGACACUGUGGAUAUCCAUGCUGGAGCAGUCUGUUCCUGAAGGACUGCACCCUGUGGAAGGGACCCAUGCUUAGUUCAUGAAGAACUGCAGCCUUUGGGAAGGACUUGUGCUAGAGAGGUUGGUGGAGGACUGUCUGUUGUGGGAGGGACCUCACAGUGGAGCCCAGGAAGCGUGUAAGGAGUCCUCCCCCUGAGGAGGAAGGGACAGCAGAGAUGAUGUGUGGUGACCACAACCCCCAUUCCCUCUCUCCCUGCACUGCUGAGAGAGGAGAUGGUGAAUUCGUGAGUAAAGCCUGGAAAUAAGGGAGAAGUGCUUUAUUUUCUCCUUACCAUACUCUGAUGGGUAGUAAGUCAUGUUAAUCUUCCCACAGCUGAGUCUGUUUUGCCCAUGAUGGUACUUGGCAAGUGAUCUCUCCCUGCCUUUAACUCGACCCACUAAGCUUCCAUCUUAUUUUCCAGCUCCCCUGCCCAGCUGUGGAUGGGAGUGGCCAAGUGGCUUUGGUGGGCACCUAGCAUCCAUCCAUGGUCAACCCACCACGCAGACUUUCACAGGCAUCCAUUUUUAUCCAUCCUGUAUUUUAGGUAUGUGUAAAGCUGAUACAUGCAGCUAUUUCCCAUGCCUCAUUUCCCUUCUCCACAAUUAAGAUUUAGGCUAACGUUCCUUAAACAUUCAAAAGAAUAGUUUCAUUUUCUCGGGAUUGCCUCAGCUACCUGGGAAAUUUGCAUAUUUUUUCAACUAUUUUUUCCUUUUGGAGGAAAAAAAGAAUAACUUUUUAUCUUUGUAGUGCCUGUGGCUUCCAGGGCUAUGUAAAAAUAACAACAUGAGCAGGAGGAAUCCAGAACUUUUACUGCUUUUUGAUCAGCCCAUCCUUCUCCCUUUCCAGCACGGAGGGUUUUUAAUGGUGGUAUACUAGGAAAAGACACCAAAGCAGUUUCCAUUAGCAAGCAGAAGGCAUAUUUUCUUUCUAAGUGUUAAUCAGAAGACUGUUGCCUAGAUCUAAGUAGUAGUGUGAAGAUAGAUUCUUUAAAUGGCUGGAGUGCUCCUAUGUAAAGUGUUCAUUCCAGUAGUAAAACCUGCUCCCAGAGCAGUGUUCAAGGUGCUAGCUGCCUCUGUCUUGCCUCUGAACAUCCAUAUAGCUUUGCUCGUGAGAGUUCAGGAGCUUACAGCUGAACUGUGCCGAUUACUUUGGGUGCCACCUAUGGGGUGAACACAGGCAGAAAAAAAUUGAUCCUUGUUUUUAAGCUGUGGUAGCUAAUGCCAUUUAAAAUACUUCUGAGACCUGAUUCAAAUGUAUCCUGACGUUUUUAUGUCUGUGACUCUGGCAUGGAUUGGCUGUAGGGUAUUUGCAUUCAGAAUAAAAUAACUUAGGCUAUA